AUUUGUUUCAAAACACCGGUUCUGUCAUAAUUUGUUAUUUUAAAGAGUUCUUGACUUCUUGUUUACAUUCGAUUUUUUAUGUGUAGAAGACUGCGAUUGUAGUACAGAUUUGAAAUUCUGUAGCUUUAUUAAUUUGUUAAGUGCAGUCUAGUGAUCACUCUAACGAUUUCACCUCUAUGACUUGCCUGUCGAUGGCUUCCGAGGAACAACUUGCCUUAUCUAGUCUGAUCAAAUCGGUACAUCAGCAGCUACGAAACUCGUCAAUUGAAAGUUCCGAUCCGGAACAGGUCUGGAGAGAGCACUUGCAAAACCAUGAAUUACUGAACCAGUAUGCCAAAGCGAUGCAAAAACUUGCGACCCGCUAUUGGGAUAAAAAUAUGCAAAUCACCAGUAAGAAAGCCAACUGCCGAAUCGAUUGGGUUGUUAAUUCUUGCCGGGAAUAUUUCAUGCUUGGUUCCAAUAGUUUGCUAUAUUUGUUUCGAGAUAAAGAAGAUCAGAUAAUGAAAAUAAUCAACGAAAGUCACGAUUACAAACAUUCUGCUUACUUGAUAUCAAAUAUCAAACUUCUGGAUGUCGGAAGCUGUUACAAUCCCUUUUCUGCUUUUCCCGAGUUUGAGGUAACGGCAAUCGACAUUGCGCCAGCUCAAGAGACAGUAGAAUUGUGUGAUUUUUUGGAAGUUUCUCUUGUGGAUGUCAAACCAGUCAGUUCUCGGCCUAUUGAACAUCUUGUUCGAUCAUACUAUGAUGCUGUUGUGUUUAGCCUUCUACUAGAGUAUCUUCCCGCAUCCGAACAACGAUUGAAGUGUUGUCUAAAAGCCUAUGAUGUACUAAAGCCAGAAGGGAUUCUUUUGAUUAUAACUCCUGACUCCCGGCAUCAAGGCGCUAACGCUAAACUUAUGAAGAACUGGCGUUUUACAUUAGGUCUAAUGGGCUUUACCAGGAUAGAACUUGAGAAAUUAGAACAUGUAACCUGUAUGGUGUUCAGGAAGGCUAUCUUCAGGGAGGUGCCAGAAAGGUGGUGUAGGAUUCAUAAAGAAGGAUACAUGGAACCGGUGCUGUGCAUACCUCAGGAUUACAACAAUAGUUCUUUGUCGGUUUCUAAUGUAACCGAUAAUAUCGAACAGCAUCGAGACAACGAUGAAACGAAAAUAAAGGACAUGUUUCGUGGAUUACCUUUUGUUGAUGACGAGAUUGGUUAAUAAAAUGAUCGUAUUAAUUAGACUAAAGUCACUGCGUCCUUUGCUGUACAAAGAACUCAUUGCAAUUGCUCUCAGUCCACAGCGACAAACUACACAUAUUUGAUCUGUUAUAGCGCGAGUACUCAUGUACCCUGCCUAGGUAUUACGCAUUGGUUGCAUGAAAUCUCUGAGAGCACCGUUACUGAAUGUAACGUUACUUUAAAGAGC